GCACGGCGGCUGGCAAUGAUUCUCGAAGAAUGUCGCCGAGCUCGGUUUUCCGAGGACGGAACGUCUAAGUCGCCGAUUCUUACCAAGCAAACUAGAAGCCGGUCUGUUCCUGUGCCGAAGCCACAAUCGCAUCGAGGUAUGUACACUCAAGAAAUUACAUCCCCUGGACUGGCAACGUCUCGACAGCGACUGGUACUCGUCGGGGCUUCGAAAGGCCGGCCGAUCCCACUACACGGUCGCCAAGACUCCUGAAGGGAAUGUCUUACACUUGAUCCUCGCGCCCACCGGCCAAUUGGGGUGAGCCGGGUGAAGGCUCACCGGCCUACCUUAUGUUCGCUCUCGCGAGCGGGGGUGAGCACUCCAAGGUUCUCCGCUCUUCAUCUGAAUCAUCGCAGGUGACCGUCAAGAAACUCCGACCCUGUAGAAAGCUUGAACAGAGCCAUGGAACUCUUCAGCGGAAGCUCUCGUCAUCGCCCUCUUUGUGGCGAUGAGAUUCGCCUGCUAUUGCUGCUGCCCGGCGGCUUCAACGACCCUAUUCAAUGCUCUCUGACGCACGAGUCCCUGGCCUCCGCGCCGGAAUACCAAGCCCUUUCGUACACUUGGGGCGAUGCGACACAAACAUCGCUCAUCCUGCUCGAUGGCGCCGAGUACCCGAUCACCACCAAUCUGGAGACGUCGCUGCGAUAUCUGCGAGACCCAAGGGGCUACAUUCGGCUGUGGGUAGAUGCCCUCUGCAUCAAUCAGCUUGACGUCCAGGAACGGAGCGCCCAGGUGCCUAGGAUGAGGGACAUCUACGAACAAGCCACCAACACAAUCGUGUGGCUUGGCGACUACCCUCCUCAUACGAAAGAGAGCGUGGACUCGGCCUUUGCCCUUGUGGAGAGCGUGUUUGGCCGGAUCCGCGGUGGUCACGCUAGCACUGAUACAGCUGUCCAAGAUACCAUCAAUGGCCGCGAAGCCGAUGUCCGUGUUCUGAUGGACAUUGUGCAGCGUCCUUGGUUCACUAGGGUGUGGGUCAUCCAGGAGAUUGCAAUGUGCAAGACGCCUGAGAACUACAUCGCGGCGCCCGAUGAGCCGGGUUUCGUCCUGGGCCACUCGAGAGUUCUCUUCACAAGAUUCUGUUUAUCUAUCGCCUUGAUGGUUCAGUUGUAUGGCUCACGCCAUCCGCCCGAGCACUAUCGUUCGAGGCAGCCCAACGACGUCGUUUGGAUCCAUGACAUGCGCCGGCUGAGGAAUGAGUUGCUGACGGGCCGCGUCGCCCUCACCCAGGCCGAACAGCUGGUCACAUAUGUGUCGCGGAGCGCAUUUGCCUUUGACGCGACGGACGAGCGGGACAGGAUAUACGCCCUCUUGGGUUUGUUGUCUUCCAAGUCCCUCCCUUCUCGGCUGGCGCCAAACUACGGCCUGUCUGCAGAGCGGGUCUUCUUGGACUAUGCCGUGUACAUGAUUGAGGAGACAAGGUACUUGGAUAUCCUGACCUGCGCCUCUGGCUCGCGAGCCGGUCUUCCCUCCUGGGUCCCUGACUGGAAAGACGGAAGACCCUGCGAGAGUUUCCAUGUCGGCCAAGUCUCGCACGUCCGUUUCUUAGAGGGAAGCACAAAGCUGGAGGUUGACUGCAUGAUCCUGAGCCGCGUGGACAAGGUCCUCUACCCCGUGGAAGUUCCCGCCGAGUUCGCCGGCCACGUCCACCUCGAAUGGGAGUCGGAUGAUUCCGCGGUGAUGCUGCCGCAAUCUCGCGAACAGAUUAGUCGCUUGGCAAGCUCAGUGGCAAGAGUCCAUGCUGUACUCAUGUCCGUGGAGACGAAAUGGUUCGGGUCCCGCGCGCUGGAUGCAAACCUGACCACGGCGCAACUGGACGGUUGGAUCUCGGCGCUCCAGAGCCUGCGGAACGGGUUGGACAUUGACAGGCCCCUGUUCCACGGCUAUAGCGGACGGCAACUUUACAGCAAGCUGGUGAACCUCGACAUCGAGGCCGACUUUGACUUCUUCAGCGCUCUAAGCGAGUACUGCGCCGCGAUCAAGCUCACGCUUGGCGCCUCCAUAUUCCAAGACUCCAAUGGCGUUUAUGGGAGACUAUUCGGAUACAAACCCAAAGCGAGGCCCGCACCCGACGACGCAAUUUGCUACAUCAAAGGUAGCAUGUACAGGUUUUUGAUACGGCCCGAGCAAGGUUGCUGGCGACUGGUUGGUGCCGACAUGGGAUUUCAUCCUGUUGUCGACGCAGAGAGGGAGGACGAAGGGAGUGUCCAGCAGUGGGAGGCAUUCUGGGCAUCCAACAAGCACAAUACUCGAAGGAUCGUGCUUCAAUAGGUACAAGCAACUAAGGUACAUACUUUGGUCUGUCUUGUUAACUGCCAAUCCGACAGGGACUCAUUACCUUACUUAGGGAAUGUGCCGUCAGAGGUACACACAAAUAUCGAAUGCUAACAUCAUUAACGAGCUACCAUCUUAGACAAAGC